CCAAACCAUCACUGAGGACGAGAUGAUGUACCUUCCCACAUACUUACUUCUUCACCUGCCGUAAAGAAAGUAUUUUCUCGAGCUCACUUCAUCUUUAAAAAAUCCAUAAUGAAAUGUAACGGCUCUUCAUGUCAUGUACACUGUCCCAGGCCGGGGAAGGUGGGGGAUCUGCCCGACUCGGUGUGUCCUGUCUUCCUCGACAAGAUGCAAGAGGCCGACCUGAGCUCAUUACCUCGUCGUUUGCCUUCUCGCCCCGCACUCACCCGGAGAGCACUGCGUUGCCUGGCCGAAGGGCCAAACCUUUCUGGACUGACCGUUGAAGACGUGUCCAGUCUUGGACUGCUCUUAUGUGAGCUUCAGGCUUCCCAACUGCUCCGCAUGUCCUUCGAUGUCCUCAAAUUCAGCCUCGAGCAAAUGGCUUCCUGCCAGCACAUUCCUCAACGCCACAGGGCAGAGAUAAUUCAGUUGGUCAAGAGCACUUUUGGGGAUUCAUCUUCUUGGUCACCUGAGAUGAUGGAAGCACUGGGUCCUUUCGUCCUUUUGGAUGACAAUUCCACAUCUGCUCUGCCCAAUAAGCCCUGGAUGAAGGACGUUCUCUAUUCUUUGACAUCGGGCCAGCAGUACACCUCCAACGCCCUGAGAAAGAAAAUCUUCCAUCUCACCACCUCAUCAAAUGCAGCCGGUAGAAAUAAAGGCAGCGAUAUCGUGCAAGAAACUGGCGAUGCAUUUAUCCAAUGUACUUUCCUAUUUCUAACCUGCAUAUGUGUUCCUCUCUUUUCUCUCCCAGCCACCCGGAGUGUUGAUGAAGAACUCAGUGUGCAGUUGAUUGAGGAACUUGGAAUGAACAACGUCUACUGGACACACACACAGCUGGCUGGCAUGUCAAAUGAAAUCUUCCUGACCACUUUAGAAACACUCGGGGCCGUCUGUGACUACGGGGACGACCAACUGGCCGAGCUCAGUAAAAAAGCCGUUGAGGUCUUGGGCCCAGUGUCACAGAUGACUGAGAGUGUGGUGAUGCAGCUGGGAUGCAUAACUCGGGGCUUCUCCGAUGCAGACCUGGAGGAACUCCCCUUCUCACGCGACGCUCUGGAGGAUAUCGAGAAAUGCGGCUGGAACACGUCACAGAGGGAGGCGGUGUGGAGGGGUGUUGCUCAACAUGAGAACCUGAAAGCGCAGCAGCUGGAAGCUGCAGACAUGGUCGCACUGCGCCAGUUCAUCUGCGGCCUAAACUCCAGCGAGUUCAGACAGCUCAACGUGGACGCCUUCAAGGACGCUGUGGGCUCACUGAAUGACUUCCAUUGCUGCCCCAGGGGUGCACAGCAGCUGAAACGGCUUGCUGUGUCUGCGUUUGGAAAUCCCAACACCUGGACUGAAGCACACGUGUCUGAGCUGGGCUACAUCAUUAUCGGGUUGAACUCCUCGGAGUUGGCCUCUUUAGACUCGGCUGUCUUCUCAUUCAUCGGCGAGUGCUGCAUACCGCUCAUACUUCACUUUGAUGUCCUCUCUGUUGCUCAGCUUGAAGCUCUUGGACCUGACAACGCUGCCAUGGUAACCAGCGAACAGCAAGCGUCUCUGAGUGACGAGCAGCUGGCCGCUCUUGAGAGGGCGGUGAUCGGGUCACCUGACCUAACACAGAGAGCUGAACUGUCAGGUUCUCCAUCGCUGAACGUUGAGGGGAUCUCAGCUCUCGUGAAGCCCUUUCUGUUGCUCCUCAUGGGGUUCCUGCUGCUGUGAGGAUGGAGAGCCACCACCUCCACCUGCAAGUGCUUUAAGCUGACCACACACCCAGCCUCUUCACAUUAGGUGCACUUGUGGCAUGUAAUCAUCCUUCAAGUUUAUUAUUUGUAAUGAAGACAUGUUUCUCAUAGAUAAGUAGUCUGAGAUCAUGUGUGUGAGCGUAGGAGUGUGCCUAUUCUAAACAUUAAGUACACAACAUAUAAACACAUGACCUGCCGAGCUGUGUAAGGAAUCUACUAUUGCUUUAAAUAUUCUGUCACUGGAAUGAAGAGAAGUGUGCGUCUUUAUUUGACACUGCAGGAUGAAGUGUAAAUUGAAAGUGAUUAAGCUCAAUAAAGA